AUGAUAUUCUCAGAUAUACAGGAUAUCAAAAGUUUACCCAGAAUAUAUGCCUAUUGCCAAGCCUCACAACGAUGAAUGCUCUUCGACUGGAUGGUCCUUCAUUGUGCCAUGCUCUUUCUUGGGCUGUUCCAUAUAAGCUUCAUAUAUUUGACUAUGACAAUUGUAUUAUUGAAUCUGAAGAUGUUGCUCGAAGAAAUCAGGAUGCAACAUUCAGCUCUAUAUUCGAUAUGACAAUCGUUAAAAACACAUGCCAGCUUUAUGGAUUAAAAUUCGCACACAGCAUGAUAAUACAACCAGGGCUUAGAACAGUACGUCUAUUGGAAACCACGACAGUACAAAGUGCCCCACCAUCCAAGAAGAUUUCUUAUUAUCAACGUCAGAUGAAUACUGCAAGUGUCAUAGACGAGAGUAAGAAAUCCAAGGCAAAUCUUCAGCAAGAAAUAGAGACACUACAAAGCCAAAUAAUUGAUUGCUCAACAAGACUAAAGGAGGCAUUAAAGAAACAUAAGGAAGUUGAUUACUCAAAAGAAAUAAAGCAAUGGAAGUCUCAGUGGAAAAAAGAUGCAUCUGAUGAAGAUGUUCAAUAUAACGGUUACAUAUACAGUCAAAUUCAACGGCACAGAAAGUUAAGAUAUCAGUCUUACUUUGCUGUGGAAGAUGUACAAAAGGAAUUGAAAAUAAGAGACAACUUCAAUACACUAAGAGAUUAGCAAUCAAACGCCUGGCGAGUAACUACAAAGAAUUGCAUCAAGAAAGAUGGCCAUGGAGUUCAAAAAGUUGAAGAAUGCUGCGUAGAUUGUAGCGUUUAUGUUGCUAAAGAUUUCAUUUAUUCCUGAACAGAUAACGGAAUCAGUACAAUGACAAACACGGUCGAGCUCACUCUUACAAGGUUCAAAUUUCAUCUAGAACUUUAUAAUAUAUAUCAAGCUUUAAGUUGCUACGAUGAUAGCGCAACAGAUAUUGUAGAAUAGUAUAACGAACUUGGUCAAAGAAAUGAUUUUUUGAAGCUGCCGGCUUUCUUCAAAAUAAAAACAGCCGAUGUUGACGUUGGUUGUGGUUAUCGAACAAUUAG